AUGCCCAGUUUGAGGUGUAAACAGAUCGAACUUCACUACAUGGAAUUAAAGUGCUUAUGGUGUGGCACAGAAGUUUGCAAGGUUAGAAAGGGUAAAUCGUGUGGUAAUUUACCUUCCCGCCAUAGCACUGCCACGAUAGGAGUGUUCUGGUGUCAUGGCCUGGUUCCAAGAACAAAGGAGCUGGUCUUUAGCUUCAACAGGACAUUACAUUUGGAGGUCAAUAAGGUUAUGGUGGAGCACAAAUGUCCUAAAGGCGACUCUUGGAACGAAGCCAGGUUAGAAAGGGUAAAUCGUCUGACCUCCUAUUCACAGAUGAAGAGGAACAGAAGAAGAACAGAUGAAGCGGCGCCUACAGAACAGAUGAAGAACAGAAAGAAGUAUGAAGAACAAGUGAAGAAUGCUGAAGAAAAGAUCAACAGAUGA